GGCGGUAAGAAAGGUAGCUGAGAACAAUGUUCGCGAGGCUGCAGCUGCCAAGGAAGAUGCUGAAAGGCGGCUUAGAGAGGGCAUCCAGCCUGUAUUAACGCCUACUCCUCAAGAAAUUCUCGCUGCCCAAGCAAAAAUUCAGUAUCAGGAGAAUUUAUUCCAUUUCGCUGUUGCUGGGAGGGCCGGUGGAGGGAAGUCAUCACUCGUAAACGCAUUCCGCGGCAUCAGUAACCGCGCAGCUGGUUCCGCUCGGACAGGGGUCAUAGAGACCACCCUGACGAUGGGAAGAUAUGCAGACCCUGACGAGCGGUGUCAACAUGUCUGGUACGAUCUUCCUGGAGCAGGGACAAUCAGGAUCCCGGAUUGGCAAUAUUUCAACGCUCAGGGACUUUACGUCUUUGAUUGCAUUGUCGUCUUGUUCGACAAUCGGUUCACCCAGACCGACAUCGCUAUUCUCCGCAAUUGCAGGCGCUUCAAAAUCCCCACUUACAUCGUUCGUUCAAAAGCAGACCAACAUAUUUCAAAUAUGAUAAGGGAGAUGAGAUACGAGAGCGAUGAUGAAAACGCCGAUCGGUCGCAACAGGCAACCUUGUACAUGGCUGCGAGAGAGCAACUUGUCAACGAAACUCGCCACAAUGUGAAGGCAAAUCUUGCGGAGGCGAAUCUACCUGAUCAAAAGGUUUACAUCGUCUCUAGUAGCUGUCUACGAGCUGUGGCCAAAGGCAAUCAGCCUUCAAAGGUCAUCGACGAAAUUCAACUGCUAAAUGAUCUAUAUACGGAAGCACAAGCCAGGCGAAUCCGUCAGUCAGGAGGGGUUUCCGCCUGAGGAACUAGUCCAGAGGAAGUAAUCGGUUUGCUUUGAAAGACUCGUGUUUCGAAUUUGGAUGGCAGAGGCAUAUUUACCUAUGAUUCAGAUUCUCGUGCUCGUCGCAUAUUUGGAUCUGAUGGUAUGGAUAUGUAACUUGACAGUUCUACUCUUUCUUGUUGCCGCUGCACGAGCCGUAUGCAGGUCCUGACAGUGAUGCAUGUCCUCCUCCUCGAGUCGUUGAUACAGACUCUACCAUCUCCUUUGUCGAUAGUAUGGUACUUUCAUGUCCUCUACUUACUUUUGACCUUCUCAUCAUUGGAGGGAGC